GGCAUAGAAGAACACUGCAUCAAAAGGAAGAUCGAGGUGCCGUCUGCCGUUUUGUUUGUUUUGUUAUAUUGAUCGUGCGAAAACAUCACGAACGAUUUCAUUUCAUAGUUGGUCCUUUUGGUGUGGCAAUCACGCACUUCAUUGACGUCAUAAUACAUAAAAAUUCGUAUUUAUUCGCGUUUUUUUACCGUGUUCAUGGUAUUGCUUUUGAGUCAGCACAGGCAUUUUGAUUUUCUCAACUUACCGAUCACUUGAAACUUAAUUUUCCUGGACCCACUUGAUUAAUUCGUCGUAGUGUAAAACUUUACCUUUUAGAAAAAAUACCCUAGUAAACAGAAUGUUUCAUUCACCAAUUUUGAAUUGUAUUUCCAAGAGGAAUGUCUCCUUUUUCACUUCAUCCAACUUAUUGCUUAAUGGGGGAAAAUGCCAUCUGAAGAUUUUAGGUACCAAAAAAAUUCAAACAGAACCUUCUAAAACAGAUUUUGCUCAACCAAAACCCACAGUAAAUUUUGAAAAAUGGGUUGCAAAUCUAUCACCAGCACAACAAAAUUCCCUUCUUUCUACUUUAUUAAAGCAAACACAAAUGUCUUCAGACAAUUCACCACCUCCUUCUCUGAGAACAUCACAGCUCUUCCAUGUUGGAAUACAUUAUUCCCUUCCUUUCAUUGGGUUUGGAUUUUUGGACAAUUUUAUCAUGAUUAUUGCUGGUGACUACAUAGAUUUAACAAUUGGAAGUAUGUUUGGUAUUUCUACUAUGGCAGCAGCUGGAAUAGGAAAUGCAAUAUCUGAUGUUGCUGGAGUAGGAUCUGCUCAGUUCGUCGAGUCUUUUUCUCAAAAACUAGGAAUUCCUCAACCCGAUCUCGAGCCUCGGCAAUAUGCUUUUCGAUCAACUACUUGGGCCAUUAAUAUCGGACGUGCUAUUGGUGUUGCUAUAGGAUGUGUGCUUGGAAUGGUACCACUUUUAUUUUUACCUACAUCUGACAGCAAACGGCAUUCAAAGGACCCUUCAUCUCAUUUGUGAUUGGCAUGUCCGAUAUAUUAUUAGUCUUAUAACCUUACAAAUACGUGAACCUAAAAUAAUUAUUUAAACUCAUAAAAAUGACAUUUUGCCGCGCAAUGGCAAUGGAUCCUACUGCGACUUGGCAACUUUAAUGUUCGAUUCUUAUUGUUUUGCACAUUUUUGAGCAUUCCGAUGAACUAACGUGGAGAUUCUUCACAUAACAAUUAUUUAUAUUGCCCACAAUUGCUGUUCAAUCUUGACCCCAUUAUUAGAGAUAUAGCCAAAGAAUUUUACAUGUUCAAUACAAUAUAUUCUAACACUU